AAAUUGGUCGGAUCUCGUGUGCUCGAAGUGCAUGAUGGUAUAUCGCUGGGUCGUACUACUCGUGUCUAUGCUCAUUGUACAUCCGAGAAGUCGGGUUACGACGCUGGGAGUCUAGUUUUAAUCGCUCUCAACACACAACACAAUGAAAUACAGUUAGUAUUGACAAAUGGACUUGAAAAACUGCCGGUGCACCAAUAUUUGUUAACACCCGGGGACAAUAAUAAUCUGACGUCACAGACCGUUAGAUUGAAUGGUGAUCUACUGCAAAUGGUUGAUGAUACAUUUUUACCAAAUGUUCAACCUAAACUAAUAAUACCCCCAGAGAUCAUAAAAUUACCCGCAGUCUCCUAUGGUUUCUUUGUUAUCCCUAACGUUCAGGCGGAAGCAUGCCAAACGUCUUGCGAAAAAAUGACUUUGGAAAAAUUCGCGAAAGUUUAA